GUGUCGUCAUCUGAGCGCGCCGGCCCCGCAGCCUUGGUCCCCGGGCGGCGCAGGAUGCGGCUGGCGGCUCUUUUGCGGGCGGCGGGAGGCGGCUGGCGGGAGCGCUUCGAGUGCGGCGGCCGCGACGUGGCGCGCUGGUUCCCCGGGCACAUGGCGCGAGGGCUGAAGGACAUGAGGAAGACCCUGCGAGCCGUGGACGGCCUGCUGGAGGUGCACGACGCCCGCAUUCCGCUUUCCGGGCGGAAUCCUGUCUUGAACGAGGUCCUGGGCAUCCGUCCACAUUUGUUGGUGUUGAAUAAAAUGGAUUUGGCAGAUCUGACCCAUAAGUCAAGAAUUCUGGAGCUUUUGGAACAGCAAGGUUUGCAGCACGUUGUCUUCACCGACUGCUUAACAGAUGAAAAUAUCAAGAAGCUUAUUCCCAUUCUCACAGGACUGAUCAAAAACAGUCAGCGUUAUCAGAGGGCAGAGAAUGUGGAUAACAACAUCAUGGUAAUCGGUGUGCCAAAUGUGGGGAAAUCCUCAAUCAUCAAUUCACUGAGAAAGCUUCACCUCAGAAAAGGAAAAGCCGCGCCGGUUGGUGGGGCACCCGGUAUAACCAAAGCGGUUCUGACCAAGAUCCAGGUGUCUGAAAAGCCCCUCAUGUACUUGCUGGAUACUCCUGGGGUGCUGUCUCCUCAAAUUGAGUCCGUUGAGACAGGGCUGAAGCUGGCGCUAUGUGGGGCAAUCCUCGAUCACCUGGUGGGAGUGGAGGUCAUCGCCGAUUAUCUUCUUUACAUUCUGAACCAGCAGCAGCAGUUCAGUUACGUGGAGCGUUACGGGCUGAGUGGCCCCUGCGACGAAGUGGGGAGUGUACUCAAAAGCAUAGCACGGCACCUGGGCAAGGUGCAAAAAGUUCAGGUCCUGACUGGCACAGGGAAUGUGAAUGUAUCGGUCCCCAAUUACAACGCGGCAGCCUGUGAGUUUAUCUACACGUUCCGUAAAGGGCUUCUGGGGAAAGUAAUGCUCGAUCAAGUGAGUGAGAUCCUUGAGUGACCUUGCUCUGGAGUUUUCUUCUGGAAAGUUCCAAGGAUCUACCAGGACCAGGAGGUAGGAGCAACACUUAAGAAAGGCUAGGCCAGUGUGACUUUGUUGAUACCUCUGGGUUAGAGCUGUGUAUAUAGCGACGGACAACUCUCUGUGCUGCUUUGUGAAGGUGUUUGCUUUCUUCAGAAGCUCAGCUGGGCCGGGCCUUGCAGUAUCAAAGUGGCUCUUAGAGCCGGUCCUUUUGGGGGCAAGAGGUUAUGCAAGCUUCCCUUGGGAGGGUCUCCCCCUGGACUUUUUCAUCGCUAAUCCUAGAUCAUUUCACAUCUAUUUUCCAAUCCUCCAUCCCGUAUCUUCAGGGCAUGGGCACCAGCUUGUCUUGGAUGGCAGAGCAAUAGCUGGAGAGAUCUAUUGUUUAUCUCCUAUUUAAAAAAAAAUGAAGCAGAUUGCAUUGCUUUGAUUCAAACCACAUAAGCCAUGGUUCACAAAUGCUACUAUUUUAAAAUGAAAUUAAUACGUUGUUGCAAGUUAAAUGAUUGCUAUUCCAUGUUUUGUAACAGAGCUGUGUCCCAUAGUUUUGGCUUCCCUUUUUGGAUAUUAUGAAUAAACAAUUUAACUUUGCUCUUC